AUGCCUGACGCCACACUGCCCGCCUGCUUCCUCGGCCUGCUGGCCUUCACCUCCGCUUGCUACUUCCAGAACUGCCCAAGGGGCGGCAAGAGGGCCAUGUCCGACCUGGAGCUGAGACAGUGUCUCCCCUGCGGCCCCGGGGGCAAAGGCCGCUGCUUCGGGCCCAGCAUCUGCUGCGGGGACGAGCUGGGCUGCUUCGUGGGCACGGCCGAGGCGCUGCGCUGCCAAGAGGAGAACUACCUGCCGUCGCCCUGCCAGUCCGGCCAGAAGCCCUGCGGGAGCGGGGGCCGCUGCGCCGCCGCCGGCAUCUGCUGCAACGACGAGAGCUGCGUGACCGAGCCCGAGUGCCGGGAAGGUAUCGGCUUCCCCCGCCGCGUCCGCGCCCGCGACCGGAGCAACGCGACCCUGCUGGACGGGCCGAGCGGGGCCUUGUUGCUGCGGCUGGUGCAGCUGGCGGCGGCGCCGGAGCCCGCGGAGCCCGCCCAGCCCGGCGUCUACUGA